AGUCGCUGCCAGGAGUCCAGAGCCCGUCACCCCUUCCCUUUCCUUCCCGCAGAGACGAGAGAAGAUUGAGCGGAGGCAGCAGGAGGUGGAGAACGAACUGAAGAUGUGGGACCCGCACAACGACCCCAACGCCCAGGGAGACGCUUUCAAAACCCUCUUCGUGGCUAGAGUGAACUACGACACGACAGAAUCCAAGCUCAGAAGAGAGUUCGAGGUCUAUGGCCCCAUCAAACGGAUCUACAUGGUGUACAGCAAGCGUUCCGGAAAGCCGCGCGGCUACGCCUUCAUCGAGUAUGAACACGAGCGAGACAUGCACUCGGCAUACAAGCACGCAGACGGCAAGAAAAUUGACGGCAGGAGGGUGCUGGUGGACGUGGAGAGAGGCCGGACAGUCAAGGGUUGGCGUCCCCGCAGGCUGGGUGGUGGCCUGGGGGGCACCCGGAGGGGUGGUGCAGAUGUCAACAUCAGGCACUCCGGCCGAGACGACACCUCCAGAUACGACGAGCGGUGAGUGGGGGGCAGACUGUGCCCCGGG